UCCGUGCGCUCGCGCUUCAUCUCCUCCACACGCGAUCACCGGAACAACGCAGAUACACGUGAGGGAAAGAAGAAGAAAAAAAAAACACCGGCAAUUAUUCCUCUUCAGAGCAGACACCGACACCGACAGCGACAGCGACAGGACUGCGGAUUUAAACUGAUUUAUGACCAAAAUCUGGGAAUCUUUUGCUAUAAAUCGCGCGCGCAUCACUGACCGGAGGAAAAGUGCACAGGCGUGUAGCUUCACGUGAAGGAGGACAGCGUGCACGCGGGGUUCUGCGGGAGUGCGUUAAAAAAUAAAUAAAUAAAAUAAAAUAAAAGGAGUAUUGUUUAAGAACCAGGCCCCUGAAGUGUGGAACUCCUAAUGAUGUACAAGUUGAUGGAGAGGAAGAGAGAAGGAGAGAUGCUCGUCAGAUACACGCGCGUGCAUGAAGCUGCAUCCUGAACACGGCGUCAUGACUUCCUGUAAGGUAAAAUCCUAAAAGCAGCAUCAUGCCGUGGAGCUGCACCGUAGUGAACCGUAGUGUGAUGCCAUCCUGUGAAGACCAGCGUGCUGCCACUGAGAGGACGUCUGACGUCAUUUUACAGUGAAAAAGCGUGAUGCCAUCCUGCAUGAUGCCACUCUGGACUGAACAGUGUGAAGUUGUUUUCUAAUAAACAGUGUGAUGUCAUCCUGGGUGAUGCCACUGUACUAGGAACAGUGUGAUGCCAUGAUGCCACUGUGCAGAGAGAAGUGGCGUGUCAUUCUGUAACCGCGUGAUGCCAUUCUGUCAUUCUACAGUCAACAGUGUGAUGCCAUUCUGUCAUUCUACAGUCAACAGUGUGAUGCCAUUCUGUCAUUCUACAGUCAACAGUGUGAUGCCAUUCUGUCAUUCUACAGUCAACAGUGUGAUGCCAUUCUGUAAGCAACAGUGCAGCAGUAUGUGCGAUGCCACCUGCAGUGAACACUGAGAGGUCACUUUGCAGUGAACAGUGUGAUGCCACCCUGCGUGAUGCCAUUCUGCAGCGAACAGUCUCGUGCCUGAUAAAACAUGCCAUCAUGCCGUCUCGCGAUGAAAAGCAUCAGACUCUCCUGCACUGACUUCUGAGCGGCGCCAUGCACUUGGCAGACGUGCUCGCGUGCAUCGCGGUGCUCGCUGUCCUCGCGGUCUCGCUGCUGUCCAACGCGCUCGUGCUGAUCUGCUUCGCGUGCAGCCCCGAGAUCAGGAAGCGCGCGGCGGGCCUUUUCACGCUCAACCUGGCCACGUGCAACCUGCUGCUCACCGUCACCAACAUGCCUCUCACGCUGCUCGCGCUCGCAGGCCACGCGCAGCCGGGAGGCGACGGGCUGUGUCGCGCGGCCGCCUUCCUCGAGACCUUCCUGAGUGCCAACGCCAUGCUCACCGUGGCCGCGCUCAGCGUGGACGGCUGGAUGGCGGUGGUCUUCCCGCUCAGCUACCGCUCCAGGAUGCGCCACCGGGACGCCGCGCUCGCGCUCGCCUACGCGUGGGCGCACUCCGCGUGCUUCGCGGCGGCCGCAGCGUGCCUCUCCUGGCUCGGCUAUCACGGCCUCUACGCGUCGUGCACGCUGCGCGCCACCGCCGCCGCCGCCUCCAGCGUGCCGUUCGCCGCGUUCACGGUGGCCUUCCACGCGCUCACCUUCCUGCUGUCGCUCGUGGUGCUGUGCGUCGCCUACCUCAAAGUGCUCCGAGUCGCGCGCUUCCACUGCAAGCGCAUUGACGUGAUCACCAUGCAGACCCUCGUGCUGCUCGUGGACAUUCACCCCAGUGUUCGACAGCGAUGCCUGGAGGAACAGAGGAGGCGACGGCAGCGAGCAGCCAGGAAGAUCAGCACAUUCAUCGGCACUUUUGUGCUUUGCUUCGCACCCUACGUGAUCACAAGGCUUCUGGAGCUUUGGCCUGCAGUUCCUAUAAACCAGCACUGGGGGGUGCUGUGUAAAUGUCUGGCCUACUGUAAAGCAGCAUGUGAUCCCUUUGUCUACUCCCUACUCCGGCACCAGUACCGGAAAGCCUGCACUGACAUCAUCAACCGGAUCCUAAAACGCAGAUCUAUGAACUCGUCAGACGAAUGGCAGCGAGCAAACGGUCCCAACACCGUCGUUCAGGCCAUGGAGCUACCGGGAACACUGAAGGAAUGUACAGCGUAAAAAAACGCUGGGUGUAAUGAUGAUGAGGAGCUUCUACGCACAAGAACUGUGAAGAUUCCACUCUGCUGUCGGAUCCUAGCAAAACAAUUCACUGGAGAUUCCAGAACGGUCCGUUCUCUAGAAAGGACAAUUCAAGAGUUUCAAGGAUUUUUUAAACAGAAGAUUCUGGAGAAAUUUGGAGAAUUCAGGUUUCUACAAUAUUCUGGAGAGUUCUGCAGAGUGCUGUGUCCUACAGUGGAUGUUAAACACUUCCAGAGCACUAGGUUUUCUAAAUCAGAAGAUUUUGAGUGUUCUGGAGAAUUCCACAUACUACAAGUGGAGGUCUCUUUUCAGGGGAGUUCCAGACAGAGAUGUAUUCUCCAUGUUUUAGGGAAUUCCAUUGUCUAAAACGUGAUUUUACCAGAGAAUUUCAGUCUCUAAAUGUCUCUAUCUUUACAUUUUAAAGAGUUUUAAAGAACUGGAGAGUUUCAUUCUUUAGAGCACUAUAUCCUUGAGAGUUCUUAUGGAAGAUUUUGGAUUGUUAUAGGUCUGAAAGAGUCCUGGAGGAUGAUAUCUUCUCAGUAGUUCUACAGAAUUCUAUUUUCCACAAUGAUGGAAUCGGGAGAGUUCAAUUUCCAGUAUUCACAGAAAAAGACAAUUAUAGGAAUUCCUGGUUAAUUCAGUUCUUUAGAGUGAAAGAUUUUUACAAGGUUUCCAACAUUACAAUUAAUCUAAAAUCUAAAAAAAAAUCUAGAGAGCCGAGUUCCCUAGAAUGUUGAAGGCACGAGAGUUUUAGAGAGUUCCUUAGAUUUCUUGUGAGUGGACUAUUUUAUAGAGUUAUGUUGUUCACAGCAUAAUAUUCUAGAGUAUUCUAGCCUCUGGAGCGAAACUUUUCCACAGCUCACCAUGUAAAAUUUAGAGAAUUCCAUGGCAUUAUGGAGAGAGGAUGAUUUUAGAGUUCAGUUCUCUAAAAUGUAAGAUUUUACAGGGUUUCAGAGAGUUCCAUCAAUCUAAAAUGCAAAAAAAUUUCCAGAGAGCCCUAUUUCCUGGGAAGAAAAUAAGCCAGUUCUGGAGAAUUCUGGAGAGUGGACAUUUUUAAAGAGUUAAGUUGUCUACAGUAGAAUUUUCAAGAGUUCAGUUCUAGUGUGUGUGUGUAAAAUCUUCCAGACAGUACCAUGCGAAAGUGUUUGCCCAACUGCCUUGAAUGUAGAGUUCAAGAGACUUCUAGAGAGUGCAAUCUGGAGAGUGGAAAGUUUUAUAGAGUUAUGCCUACUAGAACCGAAUACUCUAGAGAAUUCAAUUUUAUUCUCUAGAGUGAAAGAUUUUACUGGGUUUCUUAGAAUUCCAUCCAUCUAAAAUGCAAAAAAAAAUUUCCAGAUAGAGUAAUAACCUAGAAUACAGAAUUCAAGAGAGUUCUGGAGACUAGACAGUUUUAUACAGGUAUGUUGUCCAUAGCAGGAUAUUUUAAAGAGUUCCAGUGUCUAGAAUUGAUGAUUUGACCGAGUUCCAGAGAUUUUAUUUUCCAGAAUAUAUAUUCUUAAGAUUUCUGGAAAGCUCUUCUCUCUAGAAUCCAAGAUUUGAAAGCAUUCCACUCUAGAGGAAAACAUAUUAGAGGAGUGCACAUCAAUCACAUCUAUACAUCUUUCCACAUCUAUACUGACUUUUCUACUGAUUUCUCCUGCUUGCUUAGGACUUCAUUGGUAGCUGUGUGUUUUAAGAUUCCUCUAAAAAUGGUAAACUGCAAGGUCAAUGUCAUGACAGGAUAUAUAUAUAUAUAUAUAUAUAUAUAUAUAUUUGUUCCAAAUACUGAUGAAGAUUCUUGUAUGGAUUUCGGAGGACAUCAUCUAAACGGGUUGGUGGAAGCUUACAUCUGUCCAUGUCUAUAGGACACUGUGAGAUGACACCAUUUCCAAUAGCAUUGCAUGAACAAGAAUGGAUGAUGAAUCUGAAAUGUAGCACCGAUAUCUAGCUCAACCUGUGCUCCUUAGACCGGAGUCUAGUGCUGCUAUCGUCUGUGAUAUGUACAGAGAAAACCUUUUCAUUUUAACAGAAUCAUUUGAACAACAAGACCCUGUUAGGUUUUAGAAAAUAAAGUCUUAUCUACUGACUUGGGACAAUCUGACACACUGGACCGUACUGCAGAACGAAUGGUGGGGAAAUCGACGUGGGCUUCAGCAGAGCCCUCUCAUCCGUGAACAGCACGAUCUCUCUUGAAACUUUCAUUGUUUCCCCCCACACGCUCGAGCCGACUCUCUCAGAAACCAAUUAAACCACGGCUGGCAGCUGAGAGAGAGAAAAGAGAGAGAGAAUGCUACGCUCCCUCCUGGCCUCUCAGACUGUCGGAUUAAUUGACAGAGUUUCCCUGCUCCAGGACAGGCGAAAGGACAAAUCACCUCCGCUGUGUGUUUAGUGCCUUCUUCCUCCAGUGUAAUUGAAUUUAGAUUGAGAUCAGCUAGCACCAUGGCUAAUACGAGACUAUUUAUACUCCAAGCUGUGGAUAGUGUUUAUUUGUGAUGGUCAGAACAAAGUGUGUUUUGGGACUAAAGUUAGAAUCUGUAGCUCAUUUUAUUAGAUCAAACGUGGUCGCGUUACGCAUGAAUCCGUUUUCUUAUCUACGAGUACUUUUGAAAUGACUAUGACCUAGCAACCAACUACCUCUUCGCAUAUUUAGUUCAGUUUAUAGUGAGUAAAGAAUGAUGAAUUUGUUCGAAAAUGAAAAAUCAAGAACCCAUGAAAUCAAAACCGGUUAAAAUCAUUAUACCCCAUGAAUUCAUCACACCCUUUCCCCAAAAAACUAAUUCUGUCAGUUAUCAAUCUAAAUACUACCACAGCACUGUUGAAUUCUCGACUCUGAUUGGUCAGAAAGUGUUGAUGAAAUUUCUAUAGCAGCUUUAAGUUCUAAUACGUUAUCGUUUCUAUAGUAACGGCUCAUUCACAGGGACUUGUACAGCAGACGCUCCACAUAAACCGAUAAAAAAAAAACAAAACAGGUUAUCGUUGAUAUGGUGAAGUUUUCUUUUCUGUAAGGAGACAUUUAUUUAACAUUUAUGGAAGGAGUCUCCAGUGUCAGCACUUUGUAACGGUCAGAGUUAAAGCUGAAACUAAGGUUUCAGAACUGCGUUGUUUGUCUUAUUAACUUCAAAAGAGGAAAAAAGAGAAGCUGCUGAGGGAAUGAUGUUUAUAGCUACUAUAAUGUAAGUGAGAACAGGAACUAACUUGUUUUGUGGAAUAUAAAAUGUAACUAUAAACGGAUAAAUGUAUGACGUGUCGUCCUUUAAUUAAUAUUUUUAAAAAUUUUCAAAUUACUGUGGUAUAAGAGAAAUAAAACAUUUUGGGACAUGCUGUUACAGGAAAAUAAUCAACUUCACUGUGGUAAGAGUUUUGAUUAUUUUCCUGCAACAGCAUGACACUGGGUGUUUUAUUCCGUAUUUAAUAAAUAACUUGCUGCAAACCCUAUUUUUGGUUGCUAAUGGUACAAAACACACUGCUAUGUCUUGGCUAGCCUCCAUUUUUACCUAGCUGGCUAAGCUACCAUAAUGAUCUUGAGAUUUAUUGGCUAACUUCCUGUUUCAAAAGGAAAUUUCAUAGGCACUUUAAACAUUUCACUUCAUCUAUAGAAGGAAUGAUAUACGGACUCACAUUCUGAUUCCGAGUUUGAUUGAUGUUCUUGGAAAACCAGUGAUGAAAAUUUAUUGGACUUAUUGGUCAUGAAAUCUGUGUGUGUGUGUGUGUUAGAUAACGUGAAAAACCUUUGCAUCGGAAAUGUGAAGUCUUUUGUAGCAGAGUGUUAAAUGGAUCUCACUGUUGUAGCUUCAGGCUUUAUUAGAUAUGUAAAGUUAAGUGGUUAUACUAUCAGCCAUGGUAUCAGCCAUUUUGUUUUUCAGUUCUCCUUUCAUUCUUUUAUACUUCUAUAUAUAUUUUUUAAUUCAUUACAUUCCUACAGCCCAUUAGUGUGACUCUAGGACAUAUGGGAAGAAGUAUGUGCCUAUUAUAAUAAUAAUUUUAUACAAUAUAUCACACAACAUUGUUAUCAAGGACAACAGUGUCAAAGAGCAAUCCAACAGUCUGAGAAAGAUUGAUGAAUAACUUUAUUUUAAAUAUGUUAUUUGGUGAUAAUAAAUAAGACAAGGCAAUUAUCCUGAUGAGAAACGUACCUGGAUGCUAGCGUGAUCUCAUUAGCACGUUAUUAGCUGUGCUUUCGGUGAAUCAUUUCCACACGCCCACGCCGACUUUCCCCUCUCGACUCUGAAGUGUGUAUCAGCUACACCACAUCACACAAACGUCCACUCGUAGCAGAAGAGGAUUUUUCAACAGGAACACACACUCGACCUUGUAGGCAACGACAAACUAGUUAAAGCAGUUUCCUCAGAGAUUUGUUUCCUGUUAACUCUGUACACUGCAAAUAUUAACACACGGAAUAAAACACUUCAGGGACGUGCUGUUGUAGGAAAAUAAUACUUCAUGAGUACGAAGAAAAUCAGCAAAGCUUUUGUUCAGAUUGACGAAAGCAUUUACACAGAACUUUACUAAAUGAUUGAUAAAUGAAGCCAAAUCUAUCUAUUUUGUCAUGGAGUGUGUUACCAUAGAAACUGCUAAUUUACAGGUUUCAGUAAACGCACAGCUCCGAGUACAAUCUCUGUGCCGUAAUCCCAUAAAUGCAGAAAGGCAAAUCUACUAUGACGGAAAUUCACUUUAUUUAGGAUAAAAUGUUUAAAGUUGACAUUUCAAAAGCUAACCUUUUAGUUUCCUUUCCAUUCUCACUGACAUUUCAGUUCUGCUCGUGAAACUCAAAUAUGAAAACCGGAUAUUAAACAGUAGGGUGUUCGUUUAAGGAGCCAGUAUUUGUUCAGUCCCACUGUAGGAAGCAGAUUGUGUAAUAUUAACAUGUUUUUAUAUUCAUGGUUUUGCUAAUCUGACAUAUUAGCAGUGUUAACCCGCUAACGCAGCUAGCGCAGCUUUUCAUAUUAGCAGUCCUUCACAUUCAAAUGUACUGACAGGAUUUUUCUCCUGUCACCAAGAUAAAGCUCAGAAAAUCUGUCUGAGGCGUUCGUUGUUUUAUACACACACACACACACACACACCGGGAGAUGAUGGUUCUCUGAGGAAUGGGAAAUUACAAUGAGAUGAAAAUCUGCUCGUCUGAAAAGGUCAUUUGGGGUCAGUGAACGUGUCUUAUGUGUCUGACCUGCAGAAGGAGCUCCUGUUAAAAACGAAUUACAGUCACAGCAUGAGUGGAAUUUAAUAACAGCGCUGUGCUGUGCAUCUGAAACGAUGUGAGGAGCAGUUCCACUCCGACGUUAGGAUCUCAGUCAGUGUGUCGGGUAUAACUGAAAUCUAACAGGAGUCUCCACCUCUUUUACCUGAAUGUUAAAUUUAGGUAUAACAAUUAAUAAAUAGAAAAUUAUUUAAAGAACUUUACAAACCACCAAAAAGGCUAGUCAUGCUAAGCUUUGUCAAGAACUUAUUAUUUUCAUGCAAUUUGCCUGACAUGGCAGGCAACCAAUCACAAACCUUAAACUCCCAAUCUCUUUAAAAUUGUUUUUUAAAGACAGGAUUCUGUGAUUCUUUUCAGUGGAGUAUCAUAGUAUCAUGCUCCAAAAACUCCAAACUGUGGUCAAAUAUUUGUUUUCAGUGAGUGCUGUGAGCCAAUCAGAUUGCACCCUUCGAGAUUCUGAAGCUUGUGGCCAGAAAAGUUUACACAAGAUAUCAGACACUCUUAUCCUGUCUGUGUGUAUGAUUUUCACAAUAUUUACAACACACAUAGUAAAGGCGUAAGGGACCAAUCUGUAACAGUUACGACAAAAAGUAACCCGUUACACAGAAAAUAAUUUUGAGAGUAAACAGAAAUGUUUCAGUGGUUGCUUCAGAACAACGAGCUGUACCACUUCAUUACUGUUAAGUCUUUCGGGCUUUAUUGCUUGACCUUCCUCAUUACAAUGCUCAUUACAUAUUCAUUCAUCAUGAAGAGAAAGUUGAAGUAUCUAGGCGAUUUUUGUAAAUGAGCUCUCUAGCUUAGUCUUGUGUUUUAAAUGGAAUUAGACAUAUUGCAGUUUAGGAUGGAUCCAGUUAUUACUGAAAAUGGAGCACACCCAUGCUGCGUCAUCAUUAUUUCCAAAAUAUAGUUUCCAUCUUCCUUGAAUGUCUUCUGUUUAUUUAUUUGACCAACAUUUAGUCCAUUUGAAGAGUCUGAAUCAAAGUCUGGUACUUUCUGAUUCGUUACUUUUGGGUUUGCACAUAAUUUAAUUACCAACAAUAAAAAAAUACAUUGGCUGAGGGAUAUGUAGACCAGAAAACAACGCUCUCAUAAAACACAAGUUUUCCAUUAAACGCACUAAACACUGUGCACGUUAAAACGCACAAUGAUGGCUGCCAGUUUUACCAUUUCCCACGACCCCUGAACGUAAUGACGUAGCUCCAUUUGUUUUUUUUUCAGUAAGAGCUCUUUGAGGACUUCUGUAUGAUUUCAUUUUCCAUCUGCAGAACUUUUGCACAGAAUAGACUAGGAAUACACUUGAAUGAGAAACGUGUAAUUGUGAUGUUCCUCGGUGAAAUUAAACAGACUGUGUGGAUAUUUAAAGAGCAUUUCUCUUGUAUAUGGUGAGGUUUAGUUUUAGACAUUUGAGAAAAAUGCGUGAACAAUAUUUUUGUGUAAUCUAUUCUGAAAUUCAUAAGAAAUGUUUUAGAACAUGUGAUGAAGUGGAUUUUUUUUUUUUUUUGGCUUGUUUUUUUAUAGUAAUGUAAAUAAGUAGAUGAACGGAAACGUCUGUAUUUUGACCUCGGGAAAUAAAGUACAUGAAAUAAAGCUGGUAUUACUAUUUAAA